AUGACAGGCUCACAAGAACACGACAACCUCGAGCGAAUCGUGCAAGAGAUUGUCGAGCUUAGUAAGAAGAUUCCAAACUCGGUCGCAGAAGCAACAAAGGAUGACAGGAUCUACGAUGUCAUGACCAACAUCGACGGCGAGUCUGCAUGGGCAACCUUCAAUCGAAGGUUCGAUAUCCUCUUCGGUGAAGACUGCCGCGACGAGAAUGGCCGGCUCCACCAUGUGCGACGAGGGAGACAUGGGAUGAACAAGGUUACAAGCUACCUCACCCGGAUCAUAGUCAACGAGAACUCGUUGAAGGGGUUCUAUGCCCCAGCAGCUGUCAAACUCAACAGGCUCAAGGCUGAGCUUGAGAUUCUCUGCUCGAAUUCACUCGGAUUACCUCAGGAGAUUCCCGCAUCAAAUCAGUUACCUGCCGCUCGCGCAGUCCCCGAGCGCCAGCAAUUCGGUAGGCUCGCGCGCCAAGAAAGCAACGGCUGGCGCAGCUGGACAUGCGCAACCGGCAUCCUCGACCGCCGCAAGCCGAAGAAAAAGACUGCCACGACGACAGGCAGUGCACAGCUGCUUUCGAAAGAGACGAUUCAGGACGACCCACGCGACAAGACGUACAAGGGCGGCGCGGCGCGCGCGAAGUCCAUCGAUUCAAUACCGGAGUACAGCGUCGAUGCAGACGGGCAUGAGGUCGUACUGUCGGACGCUGACGAACAGCCAGUGACGUCGUCAGCCAAACGCAAGUUCGUUCUGGACGAGUCGGAGAGCAGCGAGGCCCCAGCGCUGUCCAGCGACUCGGUGAUACGCCUCUAG